AUGUUCCGCAUCGGGAGAUUCGCCUGCGCUCCUUUGCGCCAGGUGCGCUGGAAUUCCACUGCUACCACACCUCCUAUGAUGGCAACCCUGCGGGCUGAUCUCAAGACAGCCAUGCGUGCCAAAGAUACUGCCCGGCUCAAUGUCCUUCGCGCGUUGAUUUCCGAGACCAACAAUGCCGCCAAAACCUCCAACCCACUCGAGACCGAUAUUCAACUUCUUUCCCUUAUCCGAAGACGUUCAAAGGCCGCCCAAGAAGCUGCUGAGCUGUUUGCUAAUGAAAACCGUGCGGAUCUGAAAGCAAAGGAAGAUGAACAAGUCGUUAUCUUGGAAGAGUAUGCGGGUCAAAUCAAAACAAUGCCAAUUGAGGAGUUGGAAGCCAUCAUUGCGAAACAGAUUGCCAAACUCCAAGCCAAGGGAGAGACAGUUCGUUCUGGUCCUCUCAUUGGAGCUCUCUUCACCAAGGGAGGACCAUUGGAUGGCAAGCCAGUAAAUAAGGCAGAUGUGCCGGCUUUGGUAAAGAAAGCUCUAGCAAACUGA